AUAAAGAAAGAAAAAAUUAUGAAUCUGUCUACAUAAUCGACAGUAGAUAAAGUCAAUAUUAUCGCGCAAAAUUGCAUUAUAAUAUAAGGACCCUCCAUGCAACAACAUAUCUAGUUCACAUUGGAUCUUAGAAUUAGAAACAUGAUAAAACUUUCUGCGGUUUUUGUGAUAUUUGCUGUGAUAAGUGUAGUGUACGCUCAAAACUAUGGACGAUAUUACAAGCCUCCGACGCUUCCAACAAGUUACUCCUAUCAAUUGAAACCUGGACAAUACAGGCCAGAUCCAGGUAGAUAUCGACCAGAUAACACAGGACGUUACAGUAAUAACGAUGGAAAAUAUCGUCCGUCCGACGAUGGCAAAUAUCAUCCAGAUGAUUCAGGACGAUAUAAGCAUAUAGAUGUUGGCGGCGGGCAGUAUCAAGGUAGUAAAGAUAUAAUUCCACCAUACAAGGACUCACAAGGAUCCAAUGGUCCCAAUUAUGGUGGCCAAACUACAAAAGCUCCAAAAGUUCCAAUUGUAGUGCAACCAUUGAAUUUCGUGAAAGUUGAUGGUCCAGGCAUUGGGGAUAUUAAUAAUAAAUAUUCAGGCGCUAAUGGACAAUCAACACUUGGGUUACCCAGUGGUUUAGAACAAGGAAGUGCUGCAGGAUUGUAUGAUAAUCGUAAUUAUCGUAUUAUUGUCGACGAGAAAAGACCACAUCGCGACGGAGAUUAUCAUUACAAGUACGAAACGGAAAACAAAAUAUUUGGUGAAGAAAGAGGUAUACCAGUUGGGAAUGGAGAUGAUGCUGAUGUUGCAGCAACAGGAUAUUAUAAAUACACAGGACCUGAUAAUAUUGUAUACAAAGUAAACUAUCAUGCCGGAGAAGAAGGAUUUGUAGCUGAAGCUGUACACAUACCAACACCACCACCAAUUCCUGAUUUAAUUCUACGUUCUUUGAAAUAUCAACGAGAUGCUGGUGAAUUGGACGAUGAAUCCAUUGAUGUAUAUUUAGCUAAUUCAAAUUGACUUGUAUUUUUUAAC